AUGCUGAAAAGGCUGUCAAUUCGUGCCCAUGUGCCAUUGAGACGCCAACGGUAUAGUACUCCACCUACAUAUUUUGCAGGUGCUCCACCUCGACCCGUAGUUUCCUCAGUUUCCACUUCAAUACCUUUAUCGCCAGCAAGCGCACGAGUUCAAAAUCAAGAUGCUACUUCGCGCAAAUAUUUACAAGAUUUGGUGACAGUCAUCUCGGUACUAGCAUUGUCAUUGUUAGCGUUUGAUAGCUAUCGUGUGAGAGUAAAAUUGGAAGCAAAGCUCGAGCAGGACACCGAGCAUUUUAAAAAGACACAAGAUCUAGUGACCAAGGAAUUUAAUGCAAACCGCAAGAAACGCGAGCUGCAAAUCUUGAACGAGCGCAAGCGUGUACAGACCCGCGAGCUGAAGGUCGCAUUGCACGUGGCAUUGCUGCGCAAGCAGCUCGAAGACCUGGGUGUACAGCCAGCAUCUGUAAACCAGGCAUUGCAAGAAUUCGAGAAAAAUGCGAAGAUGGAAAAUAGCACGAGCAACGUAAGCGGGACCCGACUCUGGAUCACGGAAAAUAGUCCCUGUAAAGGCUACAUUUCAGACGUUCGGGAAUACGAUUGA